UGACAGUUUAAAUUUUAAGUUUGGAUUAUUGACUACUAAUAUAAUUGACAACCAAAUUACCAACUUUGCGGCAAAAUCAUAGAAAUGAACUGGCAUGUAAUUAUUGGUAAGGAAUAAAUGUGAAUGAGGUCCACAACAUACACGGGAAUAAAACCAGUCUUGUGUCAAAGCUUUGUUCACAAUCUCUCUCUCUCUCUCUCUUUCACCUUUCUCACUUUUUCUCCCUAAAGCAACCGCAACUCUCUCUUCCUUCUUCAUCUUCGUCUCUCUCGUUCCAAGUUUAAGCUCAAGCCAUGAGCUCCUCAAUUAUGAAAACCCUUCAAAUUCGUAAACCAACUUCUCUCCCUAUCUCUUCCACCACCACAGAUGAGCCAGGGCUUCUCCGUCGUCGUCUCUCUUCUCUUUCUCUAAAUCUCUCACGUAACCAACCUUCCACCGUCUCAAGAUCCAAGUCUGUCUCUGACAUGGGAGAGCAAGGAGGGAGCUCCGUGAAAGAAUGGUGGGAAUGGAGUUGGUCAUGGAUUCUUUUAAAGAAGUUACCAAUCUUUUUCACAGAUCUUGAGGUUAACAAGAACGAAACCAAAUCAUCAUUGGGGAAUCAACAAAGAGGUAGCUUCAUUCACGUCUUUUUUAAGCUCCGAUCUGAAAUCCGCCGUCUCCUCCGUCCUUCCUCAGACUCUCUUCCUCUCUCUUGCAAACAUGGACAGCGAUGACGUGGAGCUCACUCUCUCGUUGGAGAUUCUUAAGAUUUUGUGUGUGUGGCGUUACUUUCAUUCUUAUAAAAUCUCUUAUUAUUUGAAUCUUACAUGUAUAAUGUGUGGUCAUAAUUUUCUAAUUUCAUAGAAUUCGUCUUUUAAAUACUUUUUUUUGUUAAAUGUAAUGUUAAAUGUAUAAUUAAUUAUUUCAUUUGUUUUACAAGUUCUGUGUACUUAUUGUCUUUAUAUUAGAUUAAAAACCAUUCCUUCAUUAUUUUAGUGCUGAGUAGAGUUUUCCAAUUUUGUUUUUACGUUCUUUUUGUCAUUGCGUGAAAUUAGGCCGAGAAAUAGCUUUUGAUGUGUUACGUCUUACCAUAUAAAAAAAAAGGAGUAUCACCAAAACGUCGGCAACAAUCAAGGUGGCCAUUAGCUU